AUGGUCUUAAAGCUGUGGCGCAGUGCGGAGCUGACCGAGUGGGUGAUGCCCAUCCCCCUGCCGGAGGCCGAUCACCACGUCAGCCCAGGCUCCGAGUGCAGCGUGGCCGGGUGGGGUCGGACCGGAGUGAACACCACCACCGACAGGCUGCAGGAGGUGGAGCAGGAGGUGGUGUCGGACGGGCUGUGCGGAGAGCGGUACCGGCAUUACAACCCCACCACCAUGCUGCGUGCCAGCAGCCCCCACGCCAAUAAAUCACCAAUGCAUGGCAACUCUGGGGGCCCCCUGGUCUGUGAUGGGAAGGCCCGGGCCAUAGUCUCCCAUGACAGUGGUGACUGGUCAACUCCCAGUGUGUUUACCAGGCUCUCCAAAUAUGUGUGCUGGAUCAAGAAAACUCUGCAAAAGCUGAAUCUUUAG